CCCGAAAUCCCUAAGAAAACCGGUGCCCCUGAACUUCAAAUUUAGUUAGACCUUGGCUCGUAAAUAGGGGGAAUGGAUUGGCAUGCGGAGGAUGCAUCUUGGUCCAACCGCGACUUCGGGAUAUUUCAGUAUGAACAACGUCGUACUGUGGUUCUUCGAAAACUGGAGUCUAAUCCGACCGUGGUAAGAAGCGAGCUUCGAGACAAGCAAGAAUGGGAAGACUGGUUCUGCUAUGAUGCACCAAGCACCAACCCUACGGAAAGUGGUCUCUACGUAGCACUCUGUAGCAGGGCUACGCCUGUCUUCGAAGGAAGUGAUAUGCCAGUCACAAAUGUUCCUGUCACUAGUGACACCUGGGAAAGACUUACGAGAGAGUUCCUCAUCCAUCGAGAGAUAAGACGGCCAAUAUCUAGAGGGGUCGAUUACUUCACAUCGCAUCGCGAGAGAGACAAGGGAGGCGAAUCGAAGAUAUAUUUCGUAGCUCGAAUGUCGGCAUCUCUCCCCAAAGACCUGGCACUAUCCGUAACAUACAUUCCGAGCAAGGAUACAACAUUUGCCGUCAUAUACGGAUGUAAUGAAGAACAAAUGCAAGAUAUCGAGCAGCGUAUCAAUAAAGCAGGAGACAAGACCAAGUUUCCUUUACUAAUGGUCGGACUCCUUGCCGAACUCGAGCGGGAAAGGCUGUUAGAUGAGGCCGAGGAUCUCAUCGACGACUUUACUCUGCGAUCUGAUUAUUUCGACAGCGAAUCAAACAAGAUAGCUGCGGACAUUAGCAACGAAAAGACGCAGGAGUAUGUUUCGCUAUGCUUCAAAAGUAGAUCUCUCAUGGACCAUAUCAAGGCCGUGAAACAUCAACUCGCUAAGCUUAUCGCUGAGAUUGACAAUUUUGCGAUCGAGGGCAAAAGGACGCGCCGGUUUCAUAAACAUGGGGCUUUGAUGAAGAAUAAAGUACUGGAUAUCAUCGAUGAGUGUGAGUUUCAUCGACAUGCGACUUUGAUGAAGAAGAGGGUACUGGAUAUCAUCGACGAGUACGACGUCAAGAUCAAUGAGUGCAAGAUGAUUGUGGAAGAUACGACUCUUGCUACGCAGACAGCGUAUAAUCAAAUAGCAAGAAUGGAUUCAGCUAUCAAUACGAUGAUUGCGCGACAAGCGAAACUGGAGGGCACACAGAUGAGAUCAAUAGCACUACUUACGAUGAUCUACCUACCCUUCUCUAGCGUUGCGGCGAUCUUCUCAAUGGACAUGUUCGAUUGGAAACCUCAGACCGGAGGAUCGGUUGUCUCUAAGUACAUCUGGGUGUUUGCGGCGUUCGCGACAGGACUCACUGCCAUCACUUUCUUCGCUUGGUACCACAUCACAUCUCGACACGACCAAAUAAAACCGGACGCUUCGUGGGAACAGGGGAAAUUGGUUUAAGCGCAAGGACGCAUGAAGAUAUGAUGAGGAGUUAUGUCAAAUUUAUUACCUACCUACUACCUAUAUUAGUGUGUGUAAAUAUAUGUCAAGAAUUGAAGGAAGG